UGGCUUCAUUUUCAACAUCAACUUUCCCCUUCAAAAAGAAUCGCACUUCUCCUCCAUGCGGCGAAAAAGAAACCGACCAGGAAAUUUUUCAGGGAAAUUUCUUCAGUUGAGGAAAAAACGCCGGCGCGUUUCUUUUCGCGCUCCGCCGCUGACGGCUCGAUUUCCCUUAAAUGUCAGUGUCAAGAGAGUUUUCGUGACACUACAAGUGACAAGGCGUCGCAGAAAAAAGCUUCGGCGGCAGACUCGCCGUGGAAAAGUUUCGCGAGGGGAAAGAUAACGAGAGCGAGCCGACACACAUUCAAGCUGGUAACGAGGCGAAAGGAUAUAUUUGAGGGGAACGAGGAGCGAAAUGGGACGAACGCCGUCUCCGGCAUCUCGACGUAGGCGAGAAAAGGACAGGUCCGAGCGUAAGAAACGACGCGAACGGGCUCGGGACCGGUCACGCGAAAGAGAAAGAGAGAAGGAGCCACGACGACAUCGUUCCCGUUCGCGCGAAAGGAGUCGUGAACGCGGCGAACGCUCAGGACGAAGACGCUCGAGAUCACGAUCAAAAGAACGAGCACAUCCAUCAACAUCACGCGGUAAACCUGAACGACCAGAAUUCAGUGAAGCCGAUUUAGAGGGCAAGACACCCGAAGAAAUUGAAAUGAUGAAAACAAUGGGCUUUUGCACAUUUGACACGACGAAAAAUAAAAAGGUUGAAGGUAACGAUGCUGGGGAAGUUCAUGUGAUUUUAAAACGUAAAUAUCGUCAAUAUAUGAAUCGUAAGGGCGGUUUCAACCGGCCAUUGGAUUUCGUUGCGUAGCUCAAAUCCUCAUGGUUCAGGAUGCGAUUCAACUCACUUUUAUUGGCGAACAAGUACAAAGCUGUGAAGAUGUAUUUUCUUUUCAAUCUGUUUUUUUCGCUGCUUCACAAUCACAUCUCAGAUGCAUGCAAUCUGGGCCUCAAGAAAUCUGAGGACAGGUUCACGUAUACAUCGUUCAAUUUUACGGAAAAAGGAAAGUAAAUUUACAGGAAAAUCAGACCCAAAGCAACCUCCACACUUCACAACAAUGCAAUAGAACGGUUUUCUUUAUUAUAUACAUAUUAUAACAAAUUAUUUACACAAAUACCUCCACACCCACCCACACACAAAUGCAAUAGAAUGGUUUUUAUAUAUUUUAUAUAUAUACACACACACAUCAAAACUCACACAAACUUACAAUAGACCAAUUAACGCAAUAGCCAGGAUUUUUUUGUUACAAUAGUACAAUAUUUGUUAUAAUAUUAUUGCCUUAAAAUUUUACAAGAUCAACUAUUAAGUUUCAGCCAAAAUAUACCUCACAAUCAAAUCUCAGACAAAAGCUAACAUAAAUUACAGCAAAACACAACCAUAACAGGAAAAUCAAACAACUUAGGAUUUUCAAAAAGUAAUAAAACUUAAGAAAUAUACCUCAGAACGUUGGCAGGAUUUCUUAGCCAACGCCUGCUAAACACAACAUAACAUUUUGUACCCCCCACGAUCGCUGCAUUAUCUAUCGUGAAAUUGCAGACCGAGUAUUUUGAACUAUUCAAAUGCCUUUUCGUGAUUGAUAUGAAAGAUAUAUCGUAAACUUAGUUGAUAGCUUAUAAGAUUUUCUACAGAUAAAAUUCGCAUUAAUAUUCGAGUUACGAGUCAAAAUAUAAAAAUAAAUUAUUUAGGAUUUAUGAAAAGGCUGAGAAGCUAUUGAGGAUGCAAGGAAGCUCAAAAACAAUGAUGCGGAUGUAUAAAAAUCGGAAAAGUAGUUUUAAGGAGACAAAUACAUAUUAAUUUUCAAAUUUAUCAUCUAGACUUUAAGCCAUGGUUUAUAGCUCGUUUCCAUAAUGUUCCCUGAAGCGAAGCGUUCUUUGAGAAAUCGUGCGAUGAGAGGCGCCCGAAGGACAAAUUUAGAUUGGCUAAAAUUUUUUAUUACCAAAUUUGUUUUAAAUCAAAAAUUCUUGUAAAUUUAACAGCCAGCAAUGUUGCGUUGUAAUUUGGGCUUUGUGACACGGGUUCGUGGCGGUUUUCAGAGGAACGUAACGCAAUGCCUUACAUAGAACAUACUGUUUGCAUCUUAUUCACCUUUGUUAUGUCGUUUGAGCUCUGACCUUUUGCAGAGUUGCUUUCACUGGAAAAUUAUUUCAAAUUGCAGAAACCUUCGGUUGAUCAAAAUGAUUAAAUAGUCGAUAUUGGAAUUCGAAACUUUUGUGUUGAAGUACAUAAAUUAAAGCUCAAAUGACUAUCGGAUCAGGCUAAGUUAAUCCAGGAAACGACCAAUUAUAUCCACAUUUAUUAUAUAACAUAAUACCUCAUUGUAUCUUUACUUCAUGUUUUUUUUCUCUACUUUUGGUCGUUAUAGUAUAAACCCGUUAAAUUACAAUAGUUACAGUUUCAUGUUAUGAUAUCCACUCAAUAUUAUUAAUUACACUUGUCUAUUUCAAUCAUUUUCUGGUAGUCAAAAGUUGGACGAAAAAUAAUCGAGUUCUACUAUUUAUCAACUACUAAAACGCUUGGUGGAUGAAUAUCUUCUUCGGUGUUCAGAGAAAGAUGUUUUUUACUUAGUGAAAAAAUACCCAUUAAUACCUAAAAAUGUGUAGACCGUAAUCACUACUCAAUUAUUUUUCGCCCACCGCUUCCAGUCCAUAUAUUGUUAUAAGUUCAAUUAAAGGAAACAUAUUGCUUUCGAACUAUUUCUCCAUAAAGUUGUACUGACUUUGUUAUCGAAGAUUUGUUAAAACAAUUCGAAAAAAAUGAAAUAAAUUUGUAAUGAUAUGACA